UCUUCCAGCUCCGUGUCCCCCAACUAAUCUCACUGCCACUGCCGAGUGUGGCACCAAUUCGGGAACGCUGACCUGGGCGCCGAGUAUGCACGCUGUCUCCUACACGGCCACAGUGACCGGUACCCACGGUCACGUGGUUUCCUGUUCUUCCAACAUAACGACUUGCUCUGUGAAGCUGGACUGUGGACAUCAGUACUCUGCGUUUGUGGUUGCCUCCAGUGCGACCUGCAACAGCAGUGCGGGGGAAACCUUUACAUUUACCUCAGCUCCCUGUCUACCUGACCGAGUGGUAGCAGAACUGGACUGCAACGUCAACUCCUUCGCAGUGAAGUGGAGGGGGAGCAUCGGCGAUGCUGGGUCUUAUACUGCAAUCGCCAUCGGCAGCGACGGCACACGUGCGACUUGUAACUCAACCAACACAAACUGCACCAUCAAGAACCUGACAUGUGGCCUCACCUACAGCAUCGUCAUCACGACACCGUCGGUCGACUGCGGCACCAUUGAGGGCUCCGACUACAGCGUGCAGUCAGCCGCCUGUAAACCGGACAACGUGACGGUGGACCUGGAGUGCAGCACUAACUCAGCGUCUGUGAUGUGGGGGAACUCGGGUCCAAACCAGACUCAGGUGGUGACGGCGGUCGACAGCACAGGAGGGAUCAGAACCUGCAACUCCAGCGGCUCCGUCUGCAUGUUCGACCGGCUGACCUGCGGAGAGACGUACAUUAUCAGUGUGGUCGGCCACACAAACUCCUGCAGCAGUGAGCCGGCUGUUGCACAACAGCUCAAAACAGCUCCGUGUGUUCCCACCCACCUCACAGAACAAGGGGACUGUCUGACCGGCAUCACCGUGGUCAUGUGGGACUCUGCACGUGGCGCCACAUCUUACACGGUUUACGCUCGGGGCAGCCUCGGCCACGAUGCUGAGUGCACCAGCACAGACACCAACUGCAACUUCCCUAACCUGGCAUGUGGCCAGGACUACAACAUCACUGCGGUGGCUCGGCACGACUCCUGCGUCAGUUUGGUCAGCGAGAACAUCACGACCACUACAGGUCCUUGUCCCCACAGUGCUCUGGAGGCAACUCUGGACUGCAACACCAACACAGCCCUGGUGUCCUGGACGCCCGGCAGCGGCAUAAUGUACUACAACGCCUCAGCCGAUGCCUUCAACAUCGCACAUAAGCAGACCUGCUCCACCAGCGGUAACUCCUGUAACAUCACGUCUCUGCACUGUGGGGAGAGCUACAAGGUGAGCGUCAGCGGACAGGGACAGAACUGCCUCAGCCCGGGCCUGGACUGGCACAUAAUCAACACAGCUCCCUGCCCCCCCACCGACCUCAUGGUCAACUCUUCCUGCCGAUCAAACAAUGUGGUGGUGUCGUGGCAGGCCUCGCAGGGCUCCUUCUCCUACAUGGCUGUGGCGGUGGAUGCACAGGGCCACCGGUGGUCCUGCAACACCAGCAGCACCAGCUGCCAGAUACCCAGUCUGCUCUGUGGACAGCAGUACCAGGUCUAUGCUGUGGGUUCGGAUGGAAACUGUUUUGGAGCCAAAAGUAACAUUAAAGUGAUUCGCACAGCUCCGUGUGUUCCACAGAACAUACAGAACAACCUCGACUGUCCUGCAGGUGUCCUCAAUGUCACCUGGCAGUCGACAGGUCACUUUGUAAAGUUCCGUGCCUCCGUGGCGAGCGGCGGAGUUCACGUCAGCACCUGCACAACAGAUAAGCAUCACUGCGUGGUGCCCAACAUGCAGUGUGAUCUGACCUAUGAUGUCACAGUGGCGGCUGAAGAUGAAGCCUGCAACAGCUCCCAGAGCCCCACGGUCCAGGUCCUCACAGCUCCGUGCCCUCUGUCGUCCUUCCUGCCCGCUGUCAACUGCAGCACCGGCGUUGUGUCUGUAACCUGGAACAACAGCGCGGCGGGAGUCGAGUACACGGUGUCAGCGGUUAACAACACAGGUCAUACACACAACUGCACCGGCACAAACAGCCGCUGUGAUCUCAGCACACUGGAGUGCGGGACAAAGUACAACGUCACCAUCACACCUUCCAGGAAUGGAUGUGUGGGCAGAGACAGCCCCACACAGGAGAUCACAACAGUUCCCUGCGGACCAACAAUCUCUGAGGUGGAGAUCGACUGCCUGACAAACACAACCUGGCUGAUGUACGAGGAGUCUGCGGGGGCGGAAGGCUACGUCGCCACGGUGACAGACAACCUGGGCGACGAGGAGAUAUUUGAGUGUAACGUCAUAUCGGAGGGGCUGUGUGCUGUGCCGCAGCUGAAGUGCAGCAAGAACCUCACGGUGACUCUGAGGGCCGGCGACCAGCAGUGCUCCAGUCCCCCCAGCAACGCUGUCAUAACAGAGACAGCUCCCUGCACCCCUCAGGACGUGCAGAAUUCACUGGGCUGCGACAACGCCACGAUCAGCAUCUCCUGGUCGGCCGUUCCCGGUGCGGUAGUGUACACGGCCACUCUGGAGGAGAUAAAUGGAAACACCACCUGCUGCACCACAUCGGACACCGGCUGUGACAUCACUGAUCUGCCGUGUGGAGAAUUUUACUUCCUGCACGUCAGAGCCGAAGGACGAAUCUGCAACAGCUCCCAGAGUGAGGCGGAUAUCACCAGGACAGCACCGUGUGUUCCUCAGAACCUUCAAGCCAGUCUGAGCUGCAGCGACAACGUGGCCUCCAUGUCGUGGGACUACAGCAAAGGGGGGCAGCUGUACCGAGUGACAGCGGUGAACGCUAACGGUCACGAAGAACAGUGCAUGUCCCAUCUGAACCGGUGCGAGCUGACAGGCCUGCACUGUGGAGAACUCUACACCGCUACUGUGACAGCAGAGGACAUAGACUGCCAGAGCAAACCGAGUGAAAGUGUGAAGAUCAAGACGGCGCCAUGCACCCCUGCUAACAUGUCCUCCGUGGUGGACUGUGAAGCCAAUUCUCUGAGUGUGUCCUGGUCUGAGAGUCCAGGAGCUGACUCCUACGUCGCCACAGUGCAGGACAGCAGCGGUCAGACCACAACCUGCCAGGCCAUGACCGAGAGCUACUGCAAUGUGACGGGACUCGGCUGCGGGCAGAUCUACCACGUCUUCAUGGUGUCCUCUGACGGAUACUGCGACAGCCCGCCCACUCCCGUGGUUGACACAGCUGCAGUUCCCUGUGAACCAUUAAAUAUCAGGGCAGUGUUUGACUGCUAUAUGGAGACGGCCUCGGUGGUGUGGUCCCCGAGCGAUGGAGCUCAGUCGUACAUGGUGUCGGCCGUCUCCGCGUCAGGUCACGUUGACACCUGUGACACCAACACCACCUCCUGUGAUCUGGAAGGGCUGAGCUGUGGGCAGAGCUACUCCGUGUCUGUCGAAGCUGUGGGACAGACCUGCAGCAGCAUCGGUCACAUGACGGGACAGCUGGUUACUGGGCCGUGCAUCCCUGAACAAAUCAGCACUCAGUACAGCAUAACCAUCGGCCAGGUGCUGUGGGACAUGUCUGCUGGUGCUGGUUACUACACAGUGGCGGGCGUAACAGAGCAGGGCCUCACUGUCUCCUGCAGGACGAAUGACACCUACUGUGCCUUGUAUAACUUAGGGUGUGGUCAGGUCUACAACAUCAGUGUCACAGCAAACAACCACGUGUGCCAGGACGUGUCCGUUUCGACAGAACAAGUUGAGAUUGCAACAGAGCCUUGCCCCCCCAACAACGUGGGGACCAGUGUUAACUGUCAGAGCAACGUUGGGACCGUGUCGUGGGAGACCAGCUUUGGUGCGGUGGGCUACACGGCCCAUCUUGCUGGGCGGAAUGGCGACUCCCUCUACUGCUACACCACUGAAACUUUCUGCAACAUAGAAGAUCUCCACUGCGGAGUCGUCUACUACACCGACGUCAUGGCCACCGGAAAGACCCUCAACAGCAGUUCUUCCACCACCGUUUGGCUGGUUGCAGCUCCCUGUGCGGCUGAGAAUGUGAUGGCUGACUUGGACUGUGACAACAGCACAGCAGAAAUCUCCUGGAGCCCGGCCGACGCAGCCAGCUCCUACGCAGCGACUGCCGUGGCAGCUGAUGGCUACCGAGCGUCGUGUGAGACCACUGAGGACCGGUGUGAGCUCACGGAGCUGCAGUGUGGUCAGACGUAUAAUGUCAGCCUGACAACCAUCAGCGACCACUGUCAAACUGAGGGACACACCAACGUCACCUUCACCACACGCCCCUGUAAACCUGUACGCGUCGGAGUGGACCUGCAGUGUGGGACGAGCACGGCCAACUUCUUCUGGGAGGAAAGAGAAGAUGUGGAGCUCUACCUGGCGACCGCCACCUGCAGCAUGGGAACACUGAAGUGCAACUCCACCAACUCCACCUGCCGGUUCCCUAACCUGCAUUGCGGGGAGACCUAUGAAUUCUCUGUGACUGCAUAUGACAACAUGUGUUUCAGUGAAACCAGCAGCACUGUAGAGAUUCAGACGGAACCCUGCCAGCCAACGGGCCUGAAGGUCAAUGGGUCGUGUUACAAUGACACGGUGGUGUUGGAUUGGUCGGCAGCUUUAGGAGCAUCAGUGUACGUGGUGACGGCGACGGGAGACCUGGGAUACGUCACGUCCUUCCAAACCAAUGAGACAAUGAUAGAGGCUGAGCUGCCCUGCGGACAACUGUUUACCUUCACCGUGAAGUCCCAGGAUGAUCGAUGUGACAGCUCCGUGAGUCUGCCCGAAGAAUUCAAGACAGGCCCCUGUGUCCCCGAGAAUGUGCAGAGCUUUACACGCUGUGAGGACAGUCUGGGCUCGGUCAGCUGGGCCCUGAGCGACGGAGCAGAGUCCUACUUGGCCCUUGCGACGGCAGAGGACGGCCACACACACAUGUGUGUCACAAACACCAGCAGCUGCACCUGGGAUGACCUGCACUGUGGAGAGACGUACACCGUUCACGUCAUCGCCAACGACUACAUGUGCAGCAGCCUGCCAAGCAACAGCACCUCAAUACGGAUGGGACCGUGUGUACCCCAGAACUUGGAAUCGUCUCUGAACUGCUCGAUAAAGGUGGGAUCACUGACCUGGAAUGCCAGUGAAACUGCAGAGUUGUACAUCGUGACUGCAGAGACCAGCGGCGGCCACAAAGUGCAGCUCAGCACAAACGACACCUGGACUUUCAUCUCCGAGUUCCUGUGCGGCCAGGAGUACUUCCUGUCUGUUCAGGCGGUGGACUCUGAGUGCACAAGUCAACCCAGUCCGCCCUCAGUGCUUAAGUCAGAGCCCUGCCCACCCACUGACGUCUCCAGCUUCGUGAACUGUGUCUCUAACAUCGCCGUGGUGUCGUGGACCGGUUCGGCCGGGGCAGAGUUCUACAUCGCCACGGUAACAAUGGAAGAUGCCCAGUCAAUCGCCUGCUGGUCUGACAGCAACGAGUGCGGCAUGCCCAACCUCGUCUGUGGUCAGAACUACUCAGUCACCGUCAUCGCCUCCAACGGGGAUUGCAACUCUGACCCCAGUGAGGUCGACAUCCUGACGUCAGUGCCUUGUAUUCCUGCUGAUGUGGAUGUGGUGAUGGACUGUUCCGAAAAUGAAGCUGUGGUGUCCUGGAGUGCCAGCAGGGGGGCUCUGUCCUACAUGGUGUUGGCUCAGAGCACACAGGGACACUUCUCCUCCUGUGAUACUUCAGAUCUGACGUGCACUCUGACCAACCUGACGUGUGGACAGACCUACAUGGUCCAGACAACGGCGAAAGAUAAUAUCUGCUCGAGUUUGCCCAGCCCACUUAUAGAGUUCAAAUCAGCUCCCUGCACACCCAACAUCGGCUCAGUGAUUGUGGACUGCUUCACCAACUCGGCCCUCCUGGACUGGGCCUUCGCAGAAGGUGCCGUGGAGUACACGGCAACAGCCCGGUCCUCCAGCGGCCAUAUUUCCACCUGCAGCUCCAACUUCACCAACUGCGAGCUUCAGAACCUGCGGUGCGGACAGAGCUAUAGUGUGAUUGUCGUUGCCUCCAACGAGAACUGCAACAGCCCCCCAAGCUCCAGGUUGCAGGUGGAAUCAGUGCCUUGUCCUCCUGAAGGUGUUGUGGCUGAACUGGACUGCUCCACCAACACAGCCCAGGUUGACUGGCAGUCCAGCAUGGGGGCUGAUUCCUACAUCGUCCAAGCCUUCUCCAUGCAAGGACACGAGUCCGGCUGCGAGACAACCACGCAGUCCUGCAUCCUCCCAGACCUGUCGUGUGGCUGCACCUACAACAUCACUGUGAUUGCUGAUAACAGCGUGUGCAACGUGUCAGCGAGCGGCAUUACACAGAUGAAAGCAGUGCCCUGUGUACCACAGCAGGUGGAAGCCCGGGUGGUUUGUGAGUCCGGUGGCGUGGCCGUCUCUUGGGAGCCAAGCAAAGGGGCGUCAUCAUACACCGCAGUUGCCCAGGGCAACGGUGGCUAUGAAUCAACUUGCAACAGCAACGGGACAACGUGCCUGUUCAGCGACCUGCUGUGUGGCCUCAACUACUCCAUCAGUGUUAACGCUUCGGACGAGACCUGCUCGAGUGCUAGAAGCUCUGAUGUGGAGAUCAACACAUUGCCGUGUGCACCGCAGGGAGUAACAGCGGAGAUGUUCUGCAGUAAUGACACAGGCGUGGUGUCGUGGGAAGAAGAAGAGGGCGUGUCCUCCUACAGUGUGCAAGCCUUCGGGCCCGACGGUCACAGGACUGAGUGCAACAGCACGGAAACCAGCUGUCAGCUACCCAGCCUGCAUUGCGGUCAGCUCUACAACGUGACACUGACAGCUCAGGAUGGAGAGUGUGACAACAGUGUCGCUCACCUCGACCUGCAGUCAGUGCCUUGCACACCCACUUAUGUCAAGGCCGCUCUGCUGUGCCAUUCAAACUCUGCUGCGGUGACGUGGGAGCGAGCCAGCGGAGCAGUGUCCUAUCUGGCAGUGGCUGUCAGCGCAGACGGAAGUCACCAGACUGAGUGUAACAACACCGUGACUCACUGUGACCUGGACGAGCUGCAGUGUGGACAGACCUACAACGUGAGCGUGUUCGCCCAGGACGAGUCUUGUUCAAGCAUGGAGAGCAGCAGGUCUUACGUGCAGACAGCCCCGUGUGCACCACAGAACGUGACCGUUAAUGCACAGUGUGCUGAAGGAGCCAUAACCGUGUCUUGGUCUCCAAACCCCGAUGUCCAGUACUUCCAUGUGGCGGCGAUGAGCAACACCGGGGCGAGACUCUAUUGUAACUCAAGCAGCACGACUUGCACCCUGAACAAUCUACCGUGUGGACAGCACUACAACGUCACUGUGCUGUCCGUCAGAGAUGACUGUGAAAGCCAGCCGAGCGCUUUGGUCAGAACCUCCUCAGCUCCGUGCAUGCCCAGAAACCCUGAGAGCCACCUGGACUGCAUAUCAAACUCAGCCUGGGUGACUUGGGAUGACGCAGACGGAGCCCUCAGCUAUUUUGUGUUGGCGGAAGAGAUGAACGGACACAACUCCAGCUGCACGACCACCUCCUCUCCUUGCGAGGUCCCGGAUCUGAAAUGUGGGACGCGCUACACCCUCUCCCUCAAAGCCAUGAACGAGCACUGCCGCAGCAAUCACAGCUCCACCUUUGAGCUGGUGACAGGUCCUUGUGCUCUGACGUCCAUCAGUGCAGCGAUAGAAUGCAACAAUGACACCAUCCUGGUUGAAUGGGAGAACACAGUGAACACAACCCUGUACGUGGUGACGGCAGAGGGUCACGACCAAUCCCUCAUCUCCUGUAACAGCUCCUACGAUUCUUGUGUCCUCGAGGAGGCCCGCUGUGGGAUGCACUACAGCAUCAUAGUAUCAGCUUCCUCUAACCGGUGCAGCAACCUCAGAAGUCCACCAAAGAAGAUUAAAACAGCACCUUGUGCACCAGACAACGUGACGGUGGUUCAGUCAUGUGAGGAGAACGGGGUGACGGUGACGUGGGGACACUCCCCUGUGGCCACAUCCUACCAGCUCACAGCCACAGGAAGUGACGGACACGUCUCCAUCUGCAACACCUUCGUGAACAACUGCACCCUGGCUGAUCUGCACUGCGGUCAGUUGUACAGCUUGAGCAUCACGGCCAGCGGAGACAACUGCACCAGCAUGUCCAGCACCUCGUCCUUCAGAUCAGUGCCCUGUCAGCCCUCUGGUCUCACAGUGGACAUGAAGUGUGAGACCAACUCUGCUGUCCUGUCCUGGGAUGCCUCUGAGGGUGCUGUGAAUUAUUACGGCUGUGCGCAGCCUCAGGAAGGAGAUGCGAUCUACUGCGACAGCACUGCUCUCUCCUGCACCUUCGACGACCUGGAAUGUGGAGAAAUGUACAAUUUCUCAGUCGAAGCCUCUGACGGCUUCUGCAACAGCUCGUUCGGUUCACCUCUAACUGAGGGAGCAGUUCCGUGUCCUCCGACUGCUCUGAAUGUCCGGAUGCAGAAAAUAGGCCAGUAUCACUGGGCCUUGACGUCAUGGGACAGCGUCAACUGCUCUGAUGUCGAGUAUCUGGCGGAGAUCGCUGGUCGAAUCCAAGACGACCCACAGGCCGUGAUGGAUGUCUCUUCUUACUGGCUGCCCAGGAGAUACUUUGAGUUCCCGAUGCCGUGCAGCACAACUUAUAACCUGACUGUACGCGCCAGAAACUCCGCUGGGGUCAGCACACCUUCCGCUGCCUUCACUGGGGUCACAGUCCCCUGUCCUCCACAGAACGUCAGAUACAGCGGCAACGCACAGUCCGCUGUUCUGUCCUGGGACUCGUCAGUGUUUGCCUCCACGUACACCGUCUACAAUACCUCGGGAGGAGGCCGCGCCGAGCUUUGCAGCACCGCAACGCUCUCCUGCCCGCUGACGAACUUCAAUUCCAGUGCCACUGAAGUGACGGCGAGCAACGCUGAGGGAGAGAGCAACCCCAACGGAGUUAUCACAGGUCCAGUGGGGUCUCGCAGAAGAAGACAUGUGCGGGACACUCACAACAAUGAUCUUGAAGCUUCGCAGUUUCUGUUUAUGUGAAGUGGACGACACACUCAAAAUUCAGGACCAGAGUGACGCGUCAGUGAUGGCGAGAACCAUGGAAGAGGAUUUUGACGGAGAGACUGAUCUUAAGCCCCGAAUCACCUACUGCCUGGAGGUUACAGCCAAAAAAGAUUCCACCCAAGACAACCACUCCUGCCGACACUGCAGAACCACCGGUGCCUCCUAAUGAAACAGCACGGAUCAAUCUACACUGAACUCAGCAGAAACACCACAACACUGGUUACACUGCAUGUUUGUCUUCUCUGUUCUUUAGCGUCAAUAACAGAUUUGUUACCGGUUCAAUCUCUAAGAACUUUAAGGGGGAAACUGUAAAAAAUAAAGUAAUUACAACUGCAGAGCUAUAACAGAAUUCUUCUCUCUGGGGUACGACUUACACGUCUCAAAUAAAUUAUGAUCAAACCCGAGGAGCACCUUUUAGAUUUGAAUGCUUACGAAUCUUUGUUAGCGAUAGCUUGUAUACAUUCUCAUAAUUGUGGCUGGUAUCAUAGCAACAUGUUGGCUCCAUAGCUGUCUAACAAAGUAUUGCAGAAAUGAUAUAUUUAUCAAAAAUGGUUUUAUUAUGGAGGUAGGUUAUUAGAUUCUCUGGAUGAUUGUGAAACUAACAGGAGGUGGUGUAAACAAAUAAACAGAUCAUUUAUCCAGAAACAUUUUUAAAACCAUGCAGUAUAUUUUCUUUUAAGAUGUAAAAUCUGACUCUGCAUUUUAUGAACAGAUUUCUAUUUUUAGCAAUUCAAAAAAUCUGUGUAUCAUUAAAACACCCCUCUGUGAAAACCGUCUGUGUUUAUUGUUUCUGCCAAUCAUGAUGUUUUUAAAUGACUGUUUUUAAAGCAUAAAAUAACAAAAUCAAAGUUAUAAAAAAUUAACUUGACGUGUGCUUUGACUCUUGAGUUUGGUCCAUGUACCACCCAUUAACAUGGAGGAGGAGAGAUGUGGCCAGUCACGUGACGAGACCUUCUGGCUUCACUUUUUUCGGGAGCUGUCAUGUCGCUCA